GUUUCCUAGCAACAACUGACAUCCGGCCAACAAACAUGGCAAAAUUUGUACUUGCUGGUAAGGCAAAUUGCCCGUACUUUGCCAAAGCUGAACUUCUUGCAGAUUUACUGCAAAGAUCUCUGCCAAAGUUCAGCAUCCACAAGCUCUGCAUGCACCCCAAUGAGUGGCAGCAAUGGCUGGAAACCACUUGCAAGGAAAAUGGCUGGCAGCAUGAGCAUUCUCCCAUGAUAUGGAGGGAACUGAUCAACCGUGGGGGUAAAGGAAUGCUUCUAGGGGGCUUCAGCGACUUCCUAGAACAUGUACAGGCUUACUAUGGCAUCACCUCCGAUAUGACGACGGAACUGAUGAUGAAGAUUGCAACAGAGAACCUGCUGACACGGGAGCUGUGCAUGAAGGAGGAGGUGUACCACCAGAGCCUCAUCAAGCCACUGCACAUAUGGAUCAGCAGUGCUCUUAACCCGACCUGCUACAUCCUGAUCCCCCAGCUGUUUGCCCCUGGGGUAUUCCGGGACGCCCCAACCAUCAGCCUCCACCUGUUGGAUGUGGGGGCCAUCGAGGAGGACCUGCAGGGGGUCAGGAUGGAGACAGAGGACCUGGCCCUCCCACAGCUCCAUAAAGUCACUGUCUACACAGAGCUGGACCAGGCCUUCCAACAAGCACACUUCAUCAUCCUCCUGGAUGACAGUUGGCCUGAGUGUGGAGGGGAGGAUGAGGAAGAAAGCAAGGUGAGGAAGGUGUCGGAGCGUUACCAACAGUAUGGGCGCCUUAUCGACGAAAGGGCGCACAAGAACGUGGCGGUGAUUGUGGCUGGGAACACCUUGGUUAACCUGAAGUGCUCCCUUCUGCUAGAGAACGCUCCCUCGGUUGACAGCGGACGCUUUGUCGGCAUGGCAACUCAACUGGAGUACGAAGCCAGAGCCCACAUUGCACAGAAGCUAUCUGUGAAGACUGCAGAUGUGACAGAUGUCAUCGUUUGGGGCAACAUCAGCGGCAGUUCCCAUGUUGACCUGCAGAGGGCGAAGGUUUUCCAAUACGAAGGGGCCAUCUGGGGACCAUCAGAUUUUUCUCAGCCAGUCCUAAAGAUGAUAUAUGACAGGAAAUGGCUACAGACUGACUUCCUGAAUUUGGUCAGUUCCCAACGUGCCACUGUAGCCUCCAAGUCCCAGAGGGCCACAGCCAUAUCAGCCACUAAUGGGAUCAUUGCAGUUCUGAAGGCCUGGAACUACAACUCUUCUGCAGAGGAGGUCUUCUCCUUAGGCAUACUCAGCACAGGACAGUACAACCUCCCAGCUGGUGUAGUCUUCUCAAUGCCAGUGAGCUUCCAGGAUGGUAGAUGGUCCGUGUUGUCUGAUGUCAUCAUUGGUGAUGAGAUGAGGGCCAAACUGCAGAUUGCUGCAGACCAACUCAGGGAGUGUUUUAGAUUAUUUUCCAGGACCUUGAAGAUUUGAAUUGAAAACAAUUGUGGGGGGGACCUGAUCUGUACUAAUGGUAAGGGGAAACAUUUGUACUGCAUUGCCCUCAUUCCUUUUGGAUUCAUUGAUUUUUCAUGAACCUUUUAUUGUAAAGUAAUGUUCCAUUUGUGUUUCUAUUUUGUUUACACUAUCCAUAGGAGAAAGAUCUUGCAUCAAGGACAAGAAAAGACACUGCAUGAAUUUACAGGACUUGCUGAAGCGCUUUCUGUCAGAGUUAUGUUUGUUAAAAAAAAAGGUAUUUUUUUACUUUUUGAUAAAGACAUCUGACAUUCAUUUGCAUAUUAAAGGUUGAAUGUAUUUGAUGACUAAAUAAAUACGGAUGACCUCAA